UUUCCAGCUGUGCACACUUUGUUCGGUGAAGUUUAUCAAACCGAAAAGGUUGCCGUGUUUUCUAUCCCAACUGACUGUUUUGGAUAUUAGAAUUAACCGGAAGUUUUCGACAGCUGUUUGUAAUUUAGCCUUAUCAAUGUUGUACUAGCAAGGUAAUGUCGGACUCAAGUUAACCGUCGUUUUGCUGUUUUAAAAUGGGAUAAGUUGUGGCUUAACCUAAAAAAGAAGAUACAGGAUGUUCAGGAAACCUGCCUGGAGGAACACAGUCAGUGAUGCAGUGGGUUUCCACCAGGACCAAGCCCUCAACACAACUAUAUUCCUCCUGAAAUCCUACGGCCCCACGGGAUUUCUGCUCAAAGAGGAGGGAGAGGCCAGAAACUUCAAGGUGUGUUUGGGUGACCCACAUACGUGCUCUUGCCCGGUGUUCAUCAAGGAGCAGGAGCCAUGUAAACACAUCUGCUGGGUUUUACUGCGGAAAUUCAGACUACCCAGAGAACAUGAGUAUUCAUUUCAACACGGACUUGUGGAGAGACAGAUAUCGGAGGUGCUCCAUGGUUUACACCAAACCAAAGCCAACCGGAUGGAAAAUGAUUCCUCUGUUGCUUCUGGGACCUCGAGCCAACCAGACACAAACCAGGAGGCUGGAAGUGUCUGCCGGAAGGUGAUCCAAGCCCAGGACGUGUGUCCAAUCUGUCAAGAGGAGCUGCUGGAGAAAAAACAGCCUGUGUCUUACUGCAGGUUCGGUUGUGGCAAUAACGUCCAUAUCUCUUGCAUGAAAGUUUGGGCGGAUCACCAGAAGCUCUCUGACAGGGAAGAAACGGUGAAGUGCCCUCUGUGCAGGGAGGACUUCGGCUCUUUGAAGUUACUCCAGGAGCAGGUGAAAAACGCAGCAAAGCUCUUCGCUGCUGCUGAGAGAGAGAAGCCAGGCAAGCACCUGGGAGUUCUCUGUAACGGUUGCCAUGUCUGCCCUAUCACUGGCAAAUGUUUCAAAUGCAUAGUCUGCAGUUACUUCUAUUUGUGUGAGGACUGCUCAAAGAAAGGCUGCCACCCGCAGCAUCAGUUUGCUUCACGAACAAAAAGAGGAGACAAGUGGCAUUUUGUGGCAGAGGACCUGAGAGAUGAACCAAAGGGAGCGGCCUCCCAGUCAGCAAAUGACAGCAUCAUCCCUGUUGCCGCAGACCUCCUACCAGAAAAUGUGCUGGGGUGUCUGCCUACUGUGAGGGUGAGAUCAGGGUCCGUGCUCUUGGACGAGGGACAGCAGUGUCGGAUCUGUCUACAGAAUUUUACCCUGGGUCACCGUGUCCGAACUCUGCCUUGUAAUCAUAAGUUCCAUAUGGACUGUGUGGACGGGAUCCUGCGGAAGUUGAACUCCUGCCCUUUGGAUGGAUAUGUCAUUUAUAAUCCCUUGACUUGGAGAACCAGUGAAAGGAAGACCUCCCAUAAGCUGGCCUCUUGCCUUUCCGAUGACUUUGCCAAACCAGAACAUAGCUUAAAGGAUCUGUUUAUCCCAGGAGUGGCACUGCGGGACAGGAACUCUAAAACUGCCCCUUCACAUGGUUCUCUUAACUUGGAAGUGCUGACAGGCUCUUCAGAUACUUUAAACAUCCCCCACAAGUUAAAGACUGAUGCUGUAACAAAAGGGGGAAAAGGAGUGUUGCACAAAAAACAAGGUCCAGUAAGUGACUUCGACUCAGGUCACAGACAAAACACCCGUUCGUCAAAAAAGACACUUGCGAAACGCAGCCCUGUCUCACCUAAUCUGUGUUUAACUGGGGCCAAAAUCGGAGAGUAUCGACGACAGGUGGACCUUUUUGUGGGUUUGCACAGACCAGAACGAGGUCACACAGCUACUGUGGCCUGUCCUGCUAGGGGAACUAGACUGCUGCCCAAAAAAGUACCUACUCAAGACACAACCAAGAAACUUACUUCAGAGCUAAGAAUGACUGGAGUCCUGAUAAACACACAGCAUCACAGGAAGACAGACACUUAGUUGGUUUGAGUGGUGCAUCUGCACUACUUUUCAAUAAAUUUUACAUUGAAAUAAAUCAGUUAAUAUACAUGACAUUAAUCCUUUAUUCAAACAAAUAUAAAUCUGAAAUGAAUCAGAACUAUUGUUUUUGUUUGGAAAUUUGUCAUUUUGAUGUUAUUGGAUAUGUUAUAUCCAAUAUACUUAAAAUGCUUGAAUAAAUAAGGCAAUGAACAAGAAUUGGUAUCAAGUAAGUUUAUUAAGUUAGUGCACAAAAAGGCAAGACUAAUAACACUACCAUUAUUACAGAGGUAAACACAAGAGGUGCCCAUUUUGGAAGAAACAAAAGCCUGUGAGGUUCAAUGGCUAGACACAAGAGGAGCACACUAUAGAACACAUUAAAAAUCAAUACAAAUACAUUCAGAGAGAUCACUUUGAAAUGGGAGUGGCAGUAGGUUUGAUUUGCUUUCAAAAAUGAUCAGCACAAAGUAUUCACAAACUACCGUACUCCUCAUGUUGCUGUUGAAGCUGGGAUAUACUGUGUUUUCAAGCUGAAGGAUAGCAGGAGAGCAGGAGUGUUUUCAUUUGUUAGCAUACUGAAUGAUUAAGUGCUCAACUUGUUGCUACAUUUAAAAAAUACAAAGCUCAGGCUUUUUGUACACUCCCAUGAAAAGACACUCACUCUUUAGACUAACCUUAAAAGAAUUCACAUUGAUAACACAUCUCAAAUGACAGUUGCUUAAAAACUCUGUCAUUCAAUCGUUCAGUGAAAAGCAGCGAUGCACCUCGCAGACCUUUGCUGUUAGAUGGAAGAACAGCCCAAAUUAAAUGAAGUCACAGUCACAUAAUACAUAAAAUGCUGCUUUACUAUAUACAUAGAAACAAAAACACACUAUAGUACUGUGACGGAAGACUAAAUAUGGCAAAACUGUCACUGCAGAGUUUGUUUUUAAAUUUUAAUUUAUGAUAAAUAUUGCUAGUGCAAUCAUUUUCUGGUAUUCAUGGUGAGUUUUUUUUUCUUUUUUUUGCCAAACUUUAUCACAUACAGGCAAUGAUAUCGGUUUUCUUUGUUGUAAUCAUUGUAAUAUUUACACACUGAAGAUUUCAUACGUUUCUGGGAAUGUCGUGUGCCAGUGUAACAAGUGGGCACAUAUUAAAGUGUGGUGUGCUUUAUUUGACUCAAGACAAAAGCUGCCAUAUCAAUUGGUAGAGGACAGAUAUGAAAGGCAGGCAUACAUGUGACAUUGUUGUUUGACAUUUUACUUAAGUGAAACAUGUCUGUAUAAAUAAUUGUUAAAAAUUUUGUUAAACCCAAGCAAGAAUAUGCGUCUACAGCCGUGCCGGCAGCUCUGCGAGGCUGUAUUUAGUCAGAGUGGUGCUUUGAGCUUAAUGCUAAUGUCAGCAUGCCAACAUAAGGUUUACCAUGUUCACCAUCUUCUUUCAGCACGUUAGCAUGCGAUCAUUUGCUAAUUAGCACUAAACACAAAGUACACAAGUAUAAGACUUAACACAAGUACAGUUGAGGCUGCCAGGAAUGAAGUAUUCACUGAAAUGUUGACCUGAUGAUGGCAAGGAAAGGGAUCACCAAAAAAGAUAAAAAUGAAUCCUGUGCGGGACAUGAAUGAACAAAAUUUGAACAGUCCAUCUUAUAGUUACUUUCAUUUGAAAAAUCUGUUUAAAACUGUCAUUCUGUCUUCAGUUUAUGCCGCUCAAAGCAAAAAAAAAAAAAAAAAAAAAAAAAGGUAGCCAAA